CCCUUCUGUUUUGCGCCAUUCAUGUCACAAUACUCACAACAUAUCCUGAGGGGCUGUCACUCAUCGAUGUAAUUGAAUAGCUACCUUGAUCUACACUACAAGAACAAUCACGCGAAUCCACCUACUGUCGAGUGCUGCACACAGCAAAGGUAGCCAAAUAGGCUAUCUAUUGACACAGAGAUCAGGUGUCAUUCCUGCGACAGCACUUGCGGCUCCAUACCUAACCUCUCACCCUGGGACUCGAACAGUGAAGGCGACCGAACUGAUUCACCUACUGUGGUGUAAUACUCGCAACCGGAAUCCCAAAGCAGGAACGACUGAGUUCCGAUAAGGCGCAACCAUGCCGAGUGUACAAGAUAUGAUGAUCGCUAGGCUUGUGGGGGAUAUGAAGCAAGCAGUCAAGCGCAAAGCCGAUGAAUCGGACUCGGAACACUCAAUAGACCAAACCACGAACAGGGGGAACAAGCUGAAGAAGAGGGCCAGAUACGUCCGCGAGGGCAGGCUGGCGAUGCCGAACGGUCCACAGGCCUACAAAAAGACGAUCACCUACAACGAGCACUAUGAGAGAACAAUCAUUAGCGAACGACCGAUGCUUUACGAUGAGGAUGGCUACGAGAUGGAUAGUGAAGACGAUGAAGAUGGCGAGGCUUUGGCCGCUGCGAAUGAAUUCUAUCCAUAUAAUGAUGUUCGAAUGGAAGAGUUGCUUGCGCCAUUGACAUCAGUUACCGACCUGCCAAAUCACCCAACACUAUCUAGGCCAUUCACAUCGAAAACACUCACCGAACUCACUCUGAAUGCGCGGUCAAUGAUGCAGAAGGAAAAGGAGACUCUAUGGAAAAUGAAGCGCCUCUUAACGAGGCUGAGCGGCGAUCACAUAUGGGUACCUACGGCUCUACUCGAGACGCCGAACGACAUAAGCUUCUUUGGGGAUGGCAGAAACGAAUACCGGGAGCACCUUCUCGAAAAAAACCGAUUGGAAGAUGCUCGUAGUGAAGAUACAGAUAUGAACGGGGCCAUACUGGCACAGCUAGACGCUUCCACGCCUGGACAGGCUGUAGACAAUUCUGCGACUGAAAACGAAGUCGCAAUGGUUGACGUUCCAACUCAGAACGGUUCUGCCCAAGAAGUGAAGACUUCAACAUCUGUUGAGCCUGCCGUGGCUGAGGAUGUGGCCGCUGCAACCAACGGUGACACCAAUACAACGGAACUAGAUGGGGACAAGAAAGCUGCCGGGCCCCAUGAAUCUGAAAAUGAACAAAAUGCCAACGGGACUGACAAAAUGGACGGAGUCGUUACCGAUGCAGCGGCCACUGCAGAUGCCGAGGAAUCCGCCGAGGACAAAGCCAACCAAUUCGAAGAUCCCGAUACCACUCUUCCUGACCCUGAUGUACCAGCAGACGACGAAUCCGAGGAGAAGGACGAAACUGAUGCCCCCGAGCCAAGGCGCAUGCGCACCCGCGCCCAGGCACAAGCCGCAUCCGAUGACAACGUGAGGUCUCGCACACGAUCCCUCUCAACCUCCUCCAACGACUCUUUCAUACAUCCAUUUUUCUUGGCGCCCCAAUCUGCGAUUCCGGACCGAGACAUUGGGCUCCCGACGCAGGAGGCAGAUGAGACAAGGCGGUUGCUGCAGCUGUUUGUGCAGAAGCAGGAGGAGGUGUGCAGGGGAAGCGAGAAGCUCUACGAGGGCCUUCUUAAGGCGGAUCGGCUGCGCAAUGAUGUGAUGAAGUGGGCUAAGGCUGAGGCGCACACUGGCGAGAAUGGGAUGAGUGACGGCGAAGAUUGGUACGAUAUGGAGGAGUGGAAUUUGGAUGAGGAGUUGAAGAAGGGGCAGGAUGAAGACGACGAGGACGCGGCUACAACUGCGAAGAAAACGAGGACUAGGAGGCAAUAAGUUCUUGUAUUGAUUUGACGGGCGCACAGGACGGCAGAUAGGAACGGAAAGCUGGGGUAUUAGGCGUACAAACGGUGGUGGUUUCCACAUAUUCACUUUUAUGAUAGACAUUACGAGCCCUCACUUUCUGUACAACAGGGAAUAUUGUUGUAAAAUUAUACGUUCUACUCUUUGA